UCAGUAUCGGUAGCGCCACUUUUGGUAGGGAACUGUCUCACACAGGACGAUUGAACGCCGGUUGGUGGCACCGUUUUUUGUUGUUGUUGAAAAUGGAACGAAAAGUAGCUCGAGAAUUUAGGCACAAGGUGGAGCUACUCAUUGACAAUGAGGCAGAAAAGGAUUACCUGUAUGAUGUCCUGCGGAUGUAUCACCAGUCCAUGGAGUUGUCAGUGCUGGUGGGGGACCUGAAGCUGGUCAUCAACGAGCCCAGCCGCCUGCCACUGUUUGAUACCAUCCGGCCCCUCAUUCCCCUCAAACACCAGGUGGAGUAUGACCUGCACACCCCCAAGAGGUCACGUAAGCUAAGGGAGGUGCGUCUGGAUCGUACUCAUCCUGAGGGCCUGGGGCUGAGCGUAAGAGGGGGCCUGGAGUUCGGCUGUGGACUCUUCAUCUCACAGAUCGUCAAGGAUGGACAGGCUGGAAACAGUGGCCUGCAGAUGGGAGAUGAGAUUGUACGCAUCAAUGGAUACUCCAUUUCUUCCUGUAUCCACGAGGAAGUCAUCAACCUCAUCAAGACCAAGAAGACAGUGUCGCUCAAAGUCAGGCAGGUUGGAAUGAUACCAGUGAAGAGUUCCACAGAGGCUUUGAAGUGGCAGUUUGUGGACCAGUUUGUGUCUGAUUCUGGGACAAAACACAGUGUGGCAGGCCUGGCGUGCAUGGGAGGCAAGGAGAUCAAGGAGAAGAAGGUGUUCCUGAGCUUGGUGGGCACCAAGGGCAUGGGCAUCAGCAUCUCCAGUGGCCCCACACAGCAGCCUGGUAUCUAUGUCAGCAACGUCAAACCUGGCUCCCUCGCUGCUGAAGUAGGACUACAGAUUGGUGACCAGAUCGUCGAGGUGAACAGGGUGGAAUUCAAUAAUCUGGACCACAAUGAGGCUGUCAGAGUUCUGAAGAGCAGCAGGAGUCUAACCAUCACAGUUCUUUCUGGUGCUGGCAGUGAGUUGUUUAUGACAGGCGAGGAGCGUCUGGCGGUGGAGGCUCGCAGGGAGCUGGACAGACAAGAGCUAAUGCAACAGAAGAGGGUUGCCCUACAGACCAACAAGAUCAUUAAGGAGCAGCAGGAGAAGGAGAGGCAGAGAAAGAUUGAGAUUUCUCAGAAGAAUGCUGAGGAAGAGGAACGCUACCAGAAGGAAAUGGAGAAGAUCGAGGCUACGGAGAGGAAGCACAACGGAGAGUGGGAGGAGGACUGGGCCCCUGGAGAACAAACCAAAACCAAGAGUCCCUCCCCUGUCCGGCACAAAAUCAACACCCCACCCCCCGAGUCCAAGAGCUCUGACUAUGGAGCCAGCUCUUUUCAGGCUGAUGACAAUGAUGAGGAGGAAGAUGAGGAGGAGGAGGAGGAAGAAGAAGGGAGAGAAGUGAUGAGAAACACUUCCCGCGUCAGUGGUGUAUCCAAUUCAAGCAAUCCCCUGCCCCCGGAGAUGCUGAAACAGAUGGUACCUCCUUUAGGUACAACAACAAGAGACAAGUAAUCCAUACCCAUCACCACCUUCCCCUCUGACUCUCUUCUCCUUUGACUCUCCUCUGCUCUCCUCUGCUCUGAGUGGUUAUUAGUGGUUUAGUGGCUGUUUCCCCAUCCUCUUUCCUAACUAAAUCAAUCCCUCUUUCUUCACCGGAGUGAUGCGUGUAGUGACUCCUUUACUUCUCUGGUUCUCAAUCUGUCCUCUUUGUUUGAUGCACUAGUUCCUUGUCGUCGCACGUUCGAUAACUCAACUAAUGACUGUGGAGUGCACAUGUAUUGGGCAUUCUUUUGUCUCUGUGUCGAUAUGCGGAUGGUGUGGAUGCAGAAUGGUGUACAUUAUGUGGGUGUACGUCUUCUUUUAUUGUCCAGGUUGAUCUCAUGUUAUCUGACAGUGCAUUGUCCUGCUGUCAAGGCCUUUUUAGUAUUUGAUACAAAAUGAGAUUGGGAACACAAAAAACCUCUCUGCUCUAUGAAGAAAGAGCUCCAUGUUUUUACACAACCCUACAGAUCAUGAUUAUUGUUAAAGCCAACUUUGAUUUUACAGUCCUGGUUCUUAAAUUCAUUCCAUUCACUUCCAGAUCUGUCAUAAAAAACUCUGUGGAAAUCACAAUUGGUACUCUGCUAUUCCCUAUAUUCUGCACUAUACUGUAUCUGGUGGAAAGUGGUGCACUAUAGGCAAUUCGUGAUGCAGCCUCGUACCUCAGAGGGUCUUUUGUUCUUGUGAUGCUUUCAAAAAUCUGUUGAUGUGUCAAUGAGCAAGGAACUUAACUCUAAUUGUUCCAGGGUCGCCUUCAAUAAUGGCUGUUCCCAGGCUCUGACCCCGCUCUCUAAGGGUUCUCAGGAGGGGUGGGAUAUGCAAGAAAACGAUUUACCAAUUAGCACUUGUACAUGUGUGAAAUAGGACAAAUGUAAGCACCACUGAAUUAUUAUUGUGUUAUGAUUAUAUUCAAAAUACAUCAAUGUCAUUGCAAUGAAUAGGCUUGUUCUCAGAAUGUCAUCUUACUCACUCAGAUUCAAUCAACGUUCAUUCAGAAAGCAAUGCUUUUAUAGAGACGCUUUUUAUUCCUCCUUUGUCCAUGAAUGCAGAAGGACGAGCUGUGGCCCUCAGAUUUUGAUGGUCACAGAUGAAGGUGUGUGUAUGUGCUUUUGUGUGUGUAUGUGCGUGUGUGUGUGUCAAUGAGGCCUGUCCUAGAGGAGAAAGAUGAGCCUUUAGAUGUCACACUGUGAAUGUGAUAUUAGCAGGCAGAGACACGUGAAAGGCAGAUUGAACAAGCCUGUUUUGUUUUUUAUUUUCAACUCCUUUUGAGAUGUUUUGAAGUGAAAAUUAGAAAUGCAGUCGUUAUCUCACUUUUUCAAACAACAGUGAUUGAACAGUGGAGGAAACUGAAAAACAGAUUUUCAGUAACAAUGGAAAUUUGCUUCAAAAAUCAAUGUUUUAUACAGUACCUUGCAAAAGCUUUCACCCCCUUUGCGUUUUUCCUAUUUUGUUUCAUUACAACCUGUAAUUAAAUAGAUUCUUAUUUGGAUUUCAUGUAAUGGACAUACACAAAAUAGUCCAAACUGGUGAAGUGAAAUGAAAAAUAACUCGUUUUAAAAAAUAAAAUAAAAAUAAAAAAGACGUGCGUGCUUAUGUAUUCAUCCCUUUGCUAUGAAGCCCCUACAUAAGAUCUGGUGCAACCAAAUACCUUCAGAAGUCACAUCAUUAGUUAAGUAAAGUCCACCUAUGCAAUCUAAGUGUCACAUGAUCUGUCACAUGAUCUCAGUAUAUAUACACCUGUUCUGAAAGGCCCCAGUGUCUGCAACACCACUAAGCAAGGGGCACCACCAAGCAAGCGGCAGCAUGAAGACCAAGGAGCUCUCCAAACAGGUCAGGGACAAAGUUGUGGAGAAGUACAGAUCAAGGUUGGGUUAUAAAAAAGAUCCAAAACUUUGAACAUCCCACAGAGCACCAUAAAUCCAUUAUUAAAAAAAGGAAAGAAUAUGGCACAACAACAAACCCACCAAAACUCACAGACCAGGCAAGGAGGGCAUUAAUCAGAGAUACAACAAGGAGACCAAAGAUAACCCUGAGGGAGCUGCAAAGCUCCACAGCGGAGAUUGGAGCAUCUGUCCAUAGGACCACUUUAAGCCGUACACUCCACAGAGUUGUGCUUUAUGGAAGAGGGGCCAGAAAAAAGCCAUUGCUUAAAUAAAAAAAUGAGCAAACACACUUGGUGUUCGCCAAAAGGCAUGUGGGAGACUCCCCAAAAGAAGGUACUCUGGUCAGAUGAGACUAAAAUUGAGAUUUUUGGCCAUCAAGGAAAAUGCUAUGUCAGGCGCAAACCCAAAAAUUUCAUCACCCCGAGAACACCAUCUCCGCAAUGAAGCAUGGUGGUGGCAGCAUCAUGCUGUGGGGAUUUUUUUCAUUUGGCAGGGACUGGGAAACUGGUCAGAAUUGAAGGAAUGAUGGAUGGCGCUAAAUACAAGGAAAUGCUUGAGGGAAACCUGUUUCAGUCUUCUAGAGAUUUGAGACUGGGACAAAGGUUCACCUUCCAGCAGGACAAUGACCGUAAGCAUACUGCUAAAGCUACACUUGAAUGGUUUAAGGAGAAACAUUUAAAUGUAUUGGAAUGGCCUAUACAAAGCCCAGACCUUAAUCCAAUUGAGAAUCUGUGGUAUGACUUAAAGAUUGCUGUACACCAGUGGAACACAUCCAACUUGAAGGAGCUGCCUUGAAGAAUGGGAAAAAAUCCCAGUGGUUAGAUGUGCCAAGCUUUUAGAGAUAUACCCCAAGCGACGUGUAGCUGUAAUUGCUGCCAAAGUGACUCUACAAAGU